GUAAUACUGAACCCAAGCCUCACCAGCUCCAAACGCGAAAACCCAACGCGUAGAUCACAACAGCGAAACCCACGCCACAACACCAUGCCCUUUAGCCUACGAUCCUUCUUGAAACCCGCAUCCUACAACGAUAGUGUCUCAUACACCGACAGACUCCUCGCGCAGAUCUUCUCCUGGUCCACACUUUUCGGCUACCUCCUUUACCCAUCAUUCUUCCCCCAACUCAACACCAUCGACGAAUAUGCCGGAUGCGUAGAAUGCAAAGAAUACUGGGACUGUUCUGAUGUAUAUGAUACUCCACCCUCCACAGCUAUACAAAUCUCGGAUUCAUUCUACCUUUGUGCCCUGGCCUGCUGCAUAGGUCUGCUGGGCUGGUUGUAUCUGUGGUGGAAAUAUCAGAGGAAUCACCAAUGGUUGUUGAACUGGGUUUUCUAUCCGGCGUUCGUUAAUAGUCUUGCGGGGGUUGGGAUGGCAGUCAGUAAAGUGGUUUGUGCGCCUGAGGGGCAAUAUAGUGUGAUUCUGAAGGUGGCUAUGGUAGCACCUUCGGCUGCGUCGGCGGUCGCUGCAGUGUUGGCGCUGUGGUAUUAUGGUGCUAUGUUCCGGAUCGUUAAGCGAAAAGAGGAUGUGGAGCCUGCGGCUUUGGAGAAAGAGAAGGAACGGGAUGAGGAGAGCUAGUAAAGGGGUAUCUUGACAUGAAGUAUCGAUUUAAAAGGUAUUGGGUAUCAAGAAAAGAAUACCGUCAAUCAUAAGAACUGCGUAGCGACGCACAUCACGCGUCCUUACCAUCCUCCUGCUUAUUUCUAGCUGCCUUGAUCCUUUUCUUCUGCGUAUUCGCCGCAUGCGUGAUAGCCUUCACCAUGUUGAAGAGGAAGAUGCCGAUAAAGACGAUUGUAACGAAUGCCAGUACGGCGACCACGGCGACCUGCAAGGAGUCAGCUACCACAACAUUUCAUCUCUUCUCAUAUGUGUACGUACCAUGCUGAAGACAACGAAGAUAUAACUGGCUUGAAGGAAUGCAUGAUUUUCUUUGAGUUCGUCUAGACCCGCUCCAACUUGCAUAGCGGAUAGAACCAGACUAAAGAACACGAACACGAUGAGGAUCCAGGAGAAGUUUCGCUGGAAGAAGAUGACGUAGCGAUUGUAUCCAUACCUAUUCAAG